CUCCUUGUCCUUUCUCGACUUGGACUGCUCCCAAUUUCUGUUCUUCACGCUCGAAUCGUUCCUCAGUUUUGACGCUCAUUUUGAUAAGAUCGACCUCAACGAUUUCUGCUUCGGCCUCUUCCUCAUCAUGGUCGUCACCUUCGGCACCGCCCUGGAUGUCUGCGUUGUCGUCUUCAUUUGUUGCGGGAUUCUAUCCUGCAGCGAAACUGGGUUGCAGCGCAGAAAGUUCCUCGACGGCGAGGUCGGUACGAGCAUCUUGAAGAAUGAGAUGAGCGCGCACCUCGAGCUUGUCAACGUGAGGGCCUGGAUGAAAGCCGGCCCGGUGGAAAACACCCAUGCGAGGCUCUUCCAGCAUGCGCUGCGCAAGGUCGAUAGCUUCAACAAGUUUUCCGUCGCGGAAGAAUGAUCAUGCUUGCUUGUGGUAGCAUUCGAAGACCUGACCAGUGGCGUUCAUCUCUGGACGAGACACAUUUCCGGAGGAGGCCAUCCUUGGGAAUGCUGCAGGCGGACUGGACGCUUGAGAUGAAAGACGAGCGACCUCGAAGCUCACUUGCGCCAAGAGCUCGAGUACCAUCGUUUGGAGGAUAUGCAGCUUCAAGAUUAAUUGUCCCUAUC